UUUUCCAUUAUACAAUACUCGUCAUGUAUCAUUCAGUAAUUCUGGGCCAAAGUUGAAUGCUUUUACAUCUUUUUGGAACUUUAUGAAGUUAAAAGGUUUUAUUCCCAAUGUGUUGGACAUGGAACACUGGCCUCGCCCACUUUGUCUGCAAUCCCUGACCUAUAUAGCAAACAAUGUCCAUUUAGUCCAGCAGUCUAUUGCUGACAGGCUCCUGCAACAACAGCAGAACCCUGACGGUAGCCUGAUUAUCCCUGUCCUUCAGUGCUAGAUGGCUGAUCGAUGAAGCUGAGGCCACUGUUUGAAUGGAAAAUAGCAAAGUGGGCCACAGCACUUCUCUAACAGCAUUACUAUCGAAACUCUGAGAAACAUGACAAGCAUUAACACCGCCAACAUCAACUUCAAAUGGGAUCCCAAGAGCCUGGAGAUCCGCACACUGGCUGUGGAAAGACUGCUGGAGCCCCUGGUCACCCAGGUAACCACACUUGUGAACUCCAGCAACAAAGGACCAUCCAACAAGAAAAAGGGGCGCUCCAAGAAAGCUCAUGUUUUGGCAGCUUCUGUGGAGACAGCCACACAGAACUUUUUGGAGAAAGGUGAGAAGAUAGCUAAAGAGAGCCAGUUCUUAAAGGACGAGCUGACUGCAGCGGUGGAGGAUGUUCGCAAGCAAGGAGAAUCCAUGAAGUUGGCCUCAGGAGAGUUUGCAGAGGAUCCCUGUUCUUCAGUGAAAAGAGGCAACAUGGUCCGUGCUGCACGUGCCCUUCUGUCUGCUGUCACUCAUCUGCUUGUACUGGCGGACAUGGCUGAUGUAUACCAACUCCUGCUUCAGCUCAAACUGGUGGAGGAGAGCCUGGUGAAGGUACGUAAUGCUGGCACUGAGCAAGAUUUGGGCAUCCAGUACAAAGCUCUAAAGCCGGAGGUGGACAAACUGAACAUGAUGGCCGCCAAGAGGCAGCAGGAGCUCAAGGACGUCCAUCACAAAGACCAAAUGGCAGCGGCCCGUGGCGUCCUGCAGAGGAACGUUCCAAUGCUGUAUACAGCCUCGCGUGCAUGCCUGCAGCAUCCAGACGUGGCCGCAUACAAGGCCAACCGUGACCUCAUCUACAAGCAGCUGCAGCACGCUGUCUCUGGCAUAUCUAAUGCAGCCCAGGCUACCAGCAGUGAGGACUCUAGUUUCUCCCACCCUGCAGGUGGUGGAGAGCUGGCCUACGCCCUUAACAACUUUGAUAAGCAGAUCAUCGUAGACCCACUGAGUUUCAGCGAGGAGAGGUUCCGCCCUUCUCUGGAGGAGCGUCUGGAGAGCAUCAUUAGUGGCGCCGCCCUUAUGGCGGACUCGUCAUGCACACGUGAUGAUCGCCGGGAGCGCAUUGUGGCUGAAUGCAAUUCUGUCCGCCAGGCGCUGCAGGAUCUUCUCUCGGAGUACAUGGGCAAUGCUGGGCGCAAGGAGAAGAGUGAUGCCCUUAAUAUGGCCAUCGACAGGAUGACUAAGAAGACCCGUGACCUACGUAGACAGCUGCGAAAGGCUGUGAUGGACCAUGUGUCAGACUCUUUUCUGGAGACCAAUGUUCCACUGCUGGUAUUGAUCGAGGCUGCCAAGAAUGGUAAUGAAAAAGAAGUGAAGGAAUAUGCCCAAGUUUUCCGUGAGCAUGCCAACAAACUGAUUGAGGUGGCUAACCUUGCAUGCUCUAUCUCCAAUAACGAGGAGGGAGUGAAACUGGUGCGGAUGGCCGCUUCUCAGCUGGAAACGCUUUGCCCUCAGGUGAUUAAUGCAGCGUUGGCCCUGGCUGCCAAGCCUAACAGUAAGGUGGCCCAGGAUAACAUGGACUUGUUUAAGGAGCAGUGGGAGAAACAGGUGCGAGUGCUUACUGACGCUGUGGAUGACAUCACUUCCAUUGAUGACUUCCUCUGCGUGUCUGAAAACCACAUUCUGGAAGAUGUUAACAAAUGUGUCAUCGCCCUGCAAGAGAAGGAUGUCGAUGGGCUUGAUCGCACCGCUGGAGCCAUUCGAGGAAGAGCUGCACGCGUGGUCCAUGUGGUCACCUCUGAGAUGGACAACUAUGAACCUGGAGUCUACACCGAGAAGGUUCUUGAGGCCACUAAGCUUCUCACUGAUACAGUGAUGCCACGUUUCACUGAGCAGGUAGAGGCAGCUGUCGAAGCCCUCAGCGCCAACCCAAGCCUGCCAGUUGACGAGAACGAGUUCAUUGAUGCUUCACGUCUGGUGUAUGAUGGCGUGAGGGACAUCAGGAAGGCCGUGCUCAUGAUCAGGACCCCAGAGGAGCUCGAUGACUCUGACUUUGAGACAGAAGACUUUGAUACGCGCAGCAGGACCAGUGUGCAGACAGAAGAUGAUCAGCUCAUCGCUGGACAGAGCGCUCGGGCCAUCAUGGCUCAGUUGCCCCAGGAGCAGAAGGCAAAGAUUGCAGAGCAGGUGGCCAGUUUCCAGGAGGAGAAGAGCAAGCUGGACGCUGAGGUGUCCAAGUGGGAUGACAGUGGAAAUGACAUCAUCGUUCUGGCCAAGCAGAUGUGCAUGAUCAUGAUGGAGAUGACAGAUUUCACGAGGGGCAAAGGACCACUGAAAAACACCUCUGAUGUCAUCAGUGCAGCAAAGAAGAUUGCUGAAGCUGGAUCGAGAAUGGACAAACUUGGCCGUGCUAUUGCAGAUCAAUGUCCAGAUUCAGCAUGCAAGCAGGAUCUAUUGGCCUAUCUGCAGCGUAUCGCCCUGUACUGUCACCAGCUCAAUAUCUGCAGUAAAGUCAAAGCAGAGGUGCAGAAUCUGGGAGGAGAACUUGUGGUGUCUGGGGUGGACAGUGCUAUGUCUCUGAUUCAGGCAGCCAAGAAUCUGAUGAAUUCGGUGGUGUCCACAGUGAAGGCCUCCUAUGUGGCUUCCACCAAGUACCAAAAGUCUCAAGGAAUGCAAAACCUCAACAUGCCUGCCAUCUCCUGGAGGAUGAAAGCUCCCGAGAAGAAGCCACUGGUCAAGCGUGAGAAGCAAGAUGAUGGUCAGACAAACAAAGUGAAGAGGUCCUCUCAAAAGAAAUUUGUCAACCCUGUGCAGGCCCUGAGCGAAUUCAAAGCAAUGGAUAGUAUUUAAGCAGCCCUUAUGGCAUUUCACCAGAUGGCAGUAGAUUGAUUAUACUUCAGAUAUAGAUUUAGAAAAGAAAUAUUUAAACGCAUUCCUGUACCGUAGUUACCAACCUGCCUUUUUUCCAUAAAUGCAGUGGCUGUGCUGUAUGCAAAGAGGUCCAUAUAGAAAAUUGUAUAUUUUUACAUAUGAAUGCAUUCUGCUCAAUCUGUAAAUGCAAAAUUUUCCUGACGACAGGUAGGGGAAUACAUUUAAUUCAGGGCAUUCCCUCAAAUUUCUAUGUACCGUCUGAAAACCUGUUUUCUAGAAGAAUUUUUUUUAUUUUUUUUUUACGUUUGUGUAUUUUACAAGGAGACUAUGUAUUUUCCACACUAAGGGCUUUGAUAUUGCCCAUCACUGUCUUUAUUUUAUAUUUUUAUUUGCUUCUAUGCAAACUCUGACUGUAACAGUUCUGUUUUCAUAUGAAUUUAUGAACGAGAAUAGUCAUUGAUAAUUUGGCAUCAGUCUCAAUAAUGAAGUCAUUGUAUUUGCUGUGCCUAAUAAAACUUUUGAUAACUUUU